AUGGGUAACGAAUUGUCACGUAAAAUCUCUUACAAAAAGUCUACAAUCAAAAAAUUUAAACCUCGUCGCAUCACCAUACCUACCAUCCGUCGUAGAAAUCCGUCUUCGAACUCCACAAUGUACGCUCACCACGACCUUCACCAAUCACCUCAAUCCUCUCAAAUAAAAUGUAGGCACUUUUUCCGUUUUUUUGAUGAUCAAGGAUGGUGUAAAACAUGUACAAUAAAUGGUUGGUCGAGUGGAAAGAAUGAAAAGGGAAGACGAUGUUCAAGAACUGAACCUAUUAAAGUUGUGUUAAAAAGCAUAAAAAAUUCUAAAAAUAUGUCGAGUUAUUAUAUUAAAAGUUUAAAAGAAUACUAUCGAUACAGCGCACUAAUAUGCCCUCAACGGAUUCAAAACUAUUUAGAAUUCUAUGGAGUAACACAAAACCCAACUUCUGGUGAAUACUUGCUAGUAAUUCAACAUGCGACUUUCGGAAGUCUACGUCAGUUCAUGCAUUCUUCUCCUUCUACCUUCGCCUCCUUCAAAUGGUCCGAAAAACUUUGGUGGUGUAUUAAGAUCAUGAACGAAUUUUUAAGAGCUGAUGAACAAGCUAGUAUAUUAUUUCAAGAAAAUGAAAUGUUUGAGCAAGAAGAAGAAAUGAAGGAUAAAACUUGGUUCACAAGUAGGUUAUGGACUUUUAAAUUGAAUAAUGACUCUACUACUGAGUUAAUUACUUCAACAGAAAUUAUGGAGAAUUGGGAAAUGCAGCAAUCACAGGAAUCUGAACAAAAUUCACAACGCAUUACUACAGAGCCUGAAAAUAAUACUUCUAAUG